AUGGCCAUUAUUGAUGGUUUUCUGUUUUGUUGCUUCAUGGUGUCCAUUUGGUUCUUUUGCACUUCCCUUCUCAAGUCCCUAAAGAAUCACACAAGUUCUGGAACCAAACUUCGACGCCCACCAAGCCCUCCAGCUUUACCAAUCAUCGGCCACCUCCAUUUACUAGGCUCGGUUUUGGGUACUUCCUUGCAUAGGCUAGCUCAACGCUAUGGUCCAUUUAUUCAGCUUCGUUUGGGUGCAUCAACAUGCUAUGUUGUUUCUGAUGCUGAAAUUGCCAAAGAGGUCUUGAAAACCAAUGAGAUGAAUUUUGUUUCCCGCCUGCAAUUCGAUACCACGGAUUGCAACAUAUAUGAGGGAUCUGGUUUUAUCACUGCCCCCUAUAACGCAUAUUGGCGGUUCAUGAAGAAGCUAUGCAUGACCAGACUUCUCAAUACUACACAGAUUAAUCAGCUUGUGCAUAUCAGGGAGGAUGAGAUGAAAAAACUUGCCCAGUCUUUGGUUAAUAUUUCCAAAGAAGGAGAGCUUUGCGAUUUAAGGCAGGCAAUAAUGACUAUGACAAAUAAUGUGAUUUGCAGAAUGUCUAUGAGCACAAGAUGUUUGGGAGACGGUGCUAAUAACGAAGCCAGGGAGAUUAAGGAUUUGGUCCUUCAAGUUUCAUUGCUUGGAGGCAAGUUGAGUGCAGGUAAUGUCUUGGGUCCAUUGGCAAAACUUGACCUGUUUGGAUAUGGAAGGCAGCUACGGGUAGCACUCGAGAAAUUUGAUCGGUUGGUAGAAAGGAUUAUCAAGGAGCAUGAAGAGAAGGAGAUGAAAGGGACUGAAAGAUCAGAAGGAAUGGAUUUAAUGGAUAUUUUAUUAGAAAUUUCUCGAGACCCAAAUGCAGAAAUGAAGUUAACUAGAAAGGAAAUCAAGGCUUUCUUCCUACGAGACCCAAAUCUAUGGACAGAUCCAGAAGAAUUCAUACCAGAGAGGUUUAUGGUAAAACUCAACACGAAUUCUUCACAAAUGGAAAUGAAAGGGCAAAAUUUCAAUUUUCUUCCUUUUGGGAGUGGACGCCGAGGAUGUCCCGGUGCAACACUCGCCUUAGCGGUGGUUGAAUCAUCUGUUGCAGUCUUGGUCCAAUGCUUUGAUUGGAAAGCCAAAGAUGGAGAAAAGAUUGAUAUGCAGGAGGGUUCAGGAUUCAGCAUGGGAAUGGCAAAAUCACUUUUCUACACUUGGCUGAAUUCUUCUGCACUCCGUUGCCAACAACAAGCAUUUUCUCAUCUGCAAUCUUCUUAUUCUUCAGAAAUGGCAAAAGUAAGCAUCUCCAAGGCCAUUAUGGUUGUCUAUGUGGUGGCUGUCUUCAUGGCAGCUACUAAUGUAUCAGUACAGGCGGAAGCCCCAGCCCCAGCACCAUCAACGGACACUGGAGCAGGAUUCUCUCUCCCAGUUUCUAGUGCUGUUAUUGCAAUCUCUCUUGUCAUAUCAUGUAGUUCUCUUCUGAAGCAUUGA